AUGCCUGGGUCGAGCACUGCAUCAUCCAGCCCGACUGAGUCAGGCACGCCGCCGAGGAUGCAGGCUGGCAGAAUGAGCGAAAGACCAGAGGCGCAUGGCUCUGCCAGCUAUAGCGGGUAUGAAGGGAGCUCUAGGCCACGAGCAUUCCCUAUCCGCUCUGGAUCUGAUCGUAAAAGGCGGUUGACGAGUACUGGUGAGGAUACCAGGCAGUGGUCACACGGAGGGUUGGCCGGACCAGCCCGAGAUAACGGGGGAAGCUCCCGCACUGCGUUACCGUAUAGAUCUGUUUCGAUGGUGAUGCCUUCGUCUCGAACACGGAGUUCGAUUUCUGCCACGGCUGGCUCUUCAUAUGCCACCGCCAUUGAUCUUUCCUCUUCUCCCCCCGAAACGCCUCGUUCCUUUGCUUCUGGGCAACUUCCCAGGCGUUAUACACGCGAACCUUACACUUGGUCUGGCCAACCCAUGCCUGUUAAUCCGAAUAGCCAGAGCCAGGCUUUCAUCGACAUGUCGCUCCCAACCUGGCAGGCUGAUUCGGAUGUGACUGAAUGUCCGAUCUGUGGGACUGUCUUCAGCUUCUGGCAAUUCAUUGUCCGCCCUCCUGAUUCCGACCCUCUCGAAGCUUCACCAGUUCCAUCACAUCCUCCAGUUGUUGAUCUUACCAAUGAUGAGCCUGCCACACCCUCAUCGACCAUCAACCCCGCACUUGGGGGAGGCGAGGAAGUACGUCUUUGCAAUCCUUGUGUGCCAGACCCUAACCCAAAUCCUCUGGGCUUCGGCAAUCGUGAUAAUCACAUCCACGAUGCUCGCCAGGAACGACGCACUGUGGGCUCAAGUGACCGACCACAGUAUCUGGACCAAUUGAACCAAACUAGGCAGCCCUCUAUCCCCGGGACCCGACAGUUCCGUUCAUUUUCCAACCGUGACGCCGGUCUACCUCGUCGCCCAGCCCCUGACGAGGCCGACUUCUGUCCGGUAUGCCGGCGUCAAUUCCCACCUCUUAGCCCGGAGCAUCCCAUUGAGGCCCGUCAAGCCCAUACCCGGGACUGCAUUGAGAGCUACUUGCGACCAGCUGCUGCGGACCGAUCAUCACCCGAGCAGGGCCCCCCACUGCCCGUUCCCCCACCUGAAGCCCGCAUGCUCAAGUUCGUGGCCACGGAGAAGGACUGUCUUGGUGGGGAUGGCCAACCAGCUGAGUGCACAAUCUGCAUGGAGGACUAUGAAGUUGGGCAGGCUUUGGCCCGCCUCGAGUGCCUGUGCAAGUUCCACAGUCACUGCAUUGUGGACUGGUUUGAUAGGAAGGAGGAAUGCCCUGUGCAUAAACUAUCCUAG